UGGGCGCGGGCCGUGUGCGCGGCGGGCCAUGGACCUGUGGCCGUGGCUGACGGCGGCGCUGCUGCUGCUGCUGCUGCUCGUGCAGCUGAGCCGCGCGGCCAGGUUCUACGCCAAGAUCAGCCUCUACUGCUUGCUCUGCCUGUCCGUCUCCGCCGUGGCCUCGGCCGUCUGCCUGCUGCGCCACGGCGGCCGCACCGUGGAGAACAUGAGGAUCAUCAGCUGGUUUGUACGGUCCUUUAAGUAUGCCUACGGCCUUCGUUUUGACAUCAAGGGCCGGGAGAACCUGGAGGUGGACCGGCCCUGUGUCAUCAUCUCCAACCACCAGAGCAUCCUGGACAUGAUGGGCCUCAUGGAGAUCCUCCCCAAGCGCUGUGUGCAGAUCGCCAAGCGGGAGCUCCUGUUCCUGGGGCCAGUGGGCCUGGUCAUGUACCUCGGGGGCGUCUUCUUCAUCAACCGGCAGCGCUCCAGCACUGCCCUGACCGUGAUGGCGGACCUGGGCGAGCGCAUGGCCAAGGAGAAUCUCAAAGUGUGGAUCUACCCCGAGGGCACACGCAAUGACAACGGGGACCUGCUGCCCUUCAAGAAAGGUGCCUUCCACCUGGCAGUGCAGGCCCAGGUGCCCAUUGUUCCUGUGGUGUACUCCUCUUUCUCUUCCUUCUACAACCUCAAGACCAAGCUCUUCACCUCAGGAAUAAUCAAGGUCCAGGUGCUGGAUGCCGUCCCCACCAGUGGCCUCACUGUGGCCGACAUUCCCAAGCUCAUGGACACUUGCCACCACGCCAUGAGGAGCACCUUUUUCCACUUGUCCAGGAAUCCCCAGGAGAACGGGGCCAUUGAGGGACCUGCUGUCCAGCCAGCCCAGUAGCCCUGGCCAUGGGGUGGGGGACCUGGGGCAGGGCAGGCGGGAGGCAGAAGACUAGGAAUGGACAGAGAGACACCCCCUCCCAGGCUGCCAAAUAUCACCGUGUCUGGCUCCCCGGCUCCCGGCUCUCACUUGGACCCUGGAAGCAGGAAGCCCUUUGUCACUGGCCUCAGAUGAAGGCCCCUGAUGUCUCUUCCAGGAGUGAGCUGGAAGCAGCCAGCAUGAGGGACCUCACCCUCAUGCCUGUGCCCCCAGGAUCUGGUAUGUGGCCUCAGGCAGGCUUAGCCCCAAGCCUUCGGGGGAAACUGAGAGCCCUGGGAUGUCCAGACUGAGGCCACACCUCUGCCCUGGCCAGGUCCUGGUAUAUCUGCAGGGCCCACAGGGUGCAGAGUCAGGCUCAGGGGUCCAGGCCAUGGCCUGCAUCAGGCCUUCGGGGAGAGAAGAGGCUUGGGGGCUGGGACUGCCUGGUUUCACCCCGCCUGGGCCACAGGGAGCUGGAGGGCAGGGUCUGCGGCUCCCACCGGCUUCAAGGAUGUCUGUGGGUCAGUGUUGUACUCAGUUCUUUUUUAUAAAUGAACUCUUGGAAGUAA